AUGUCCGACCAAAGUCUCUACUUUUACAAGGCCUCCUUGCCAGCAGCAGCCGUCUUCGCAGUGCUCAAUGCUAUACCGGCAACUUUCCUCUUCUACACCACGAUUGUUGGCCCCAAGACCGGCAAAUACCGCAAUGCCUCGUUCUUCAUCCCCUUAUGUAUUGGUGGCCUCAUGGAGGUAUUGGCAUAUAUCAUGCGCUGCAUCAGCAUCAAGAUGGACAGAGUCAUCGCCCUCUACGCUGUGUCAAGCAGUCUCAUCGUUGUUGCGCCGGUUCUAGUUUGCGCAAGCCUCUACCUCCUCGUCGGUAGGCUGGUCAGAGCCGGUCUCCCAUCUGCAGGAGGGCAACAACGCAUUCUAGGGAUUAAUCCCUGGUGGCUGCCGCGUAUAUUCGUUACUUCAGAUAUUCUGAGCUUCUUGACACAGGCUUCUGGAAGUGGAAUUGCGGCGUCUGGAAACUGGAUGGGAGACACAAAAACAACCGGUGAAAAUGUCUUGAAGGGCGGUUUGGCUCUACAGCUGAUCACUUUCACCCUAUUCCUAGCUUUGGUUGCUCGAUUCCAUAGCCGUGCCAAUGCUGCGUCUAAGAGUGGCAUCGACAGCGGCGUUUUCAAGGUACUGCUGGGAAUAUAUAUAUCGGGAUUCUUCAUCGAGGUUCGAUGCAUCUACCGUCUCAUCGAAUUCAUCCUAGGUAUUGAUGGAUAUCCUUUCCGCCAUGAAUGGCCCCUAUACGUGCUUGAAGGCCUGCCCAUGCUCUUCGCAAUGUUCGCACUCGCAUACUUCCAUCCUGGAAAAUGGUUACCAAGAGAAUCGUUGAAUUCGGAAACAGACACCGAGGAGAUGCAGAACAGGAACAGGUAUUAA